AAUUAUGUUUAAGGUCGGCAACGCGCAUGUAACUCCUCUGGAGUUGCAGGCGUACAUAGGCUACGGAAACUGCUUACCAUCAGGCGGGCCGUAUGCUUGUUUGCCACCGACGUAGUAUAAAAAAAAAUAAAGACUUAUAACAUCACGUCUACACUAGAUUAAAACGUUAAGGGCGUAAAACAGAUCGCUGUCAGUGUCAGUUUGACAGUUCGUGGUCUUUAUGAAUGACAAUAUCAACGGGGACUACCCGGACUACCGAUGAAAUAAUUGUAGUUCCUUACAAUCUACAUAAACAUUUAGAAUAAGUUGCCAUAAAGCAAGUUUACAAUAUAAUUUUCAUAUAUUUACGUAAUUAGGUAUUGUAUGGUGUUGGUAUUUAUUAGUUUCAUUGCAACAGUGCGCCUAUGUAAUCAUACAGCAGUUAUCAUUUUUGGACUAUAUCUAACGGAAUAUUGUAAAUAAAAUAAACGAAUACAUAUAUUUUAUCGAAGCUUAGUUUAAUGUGUAAAUAUACUAGUGUAAAAUGUAGAUAAGUAAAGGCUUUAGUGGUGUAGAACCUUAUCAAUGUUAUCAUUUGUAAAAAGUAACCUUUGUACUGAUCUGAAGAAUGUUUAGCUUUAAUCUCAGCCUUUCUUUUAUUGUGGUAUUGCUAUCAUUACUCUUAUCCUAUAUAUUUGUCGCAUUGAAUAAUAAUUCAGAUAUAAAAAUGGGAAAAAAUGGUUUGUUGUUUGUGUCAAAUGCUGCAAAAGCACACAAUUAUUGCUUGAAGGCCUCACAGUUUGUUCAAAAAGUGCUGUACAUAAAGAUAAAUGAGAAUUCUCUUAACACCUUACCACUUCUUAGUAGCCAAAUAUCUAAUAUUUAUACAAGGACAUCUUCAUAUUCCAAAUUGGAUGUUCGGCUGAUAAUUAAACCUGUGGAUACAGUUAAAAAUAUUAGGACAUAUCAUCCUAUAGACCUACUACUCUAUGAUAAUGAGUUAUCCUCCGAGAUUGAAAAGCUGAAGAAAUCUGUGGAGAGCCUUAAAACUGAUUAUCGGAUACAAAGCAUUGAACAAGAUGGCAAACUUGAAACUUUAAACCAAGAGCCUGUAAAGCAAUAUGAAUAUGUGGCACUGGGCGGGACAUUUGACCGGCUCCACAAUGGGCACAAAAUCCUCCUAUCGCAGGCUGUGCUGCGCGCGACCAAGCAUGUCACUGUGGGAGUUACUGAUGUUAACAUGAUUCAGUAUAAACAUUUUAUUACAGCUAAAAAGCUCUUUGAAUUGAUUGAACCAACGGAAACAAGAAUUAAAGCUGUGUUAGAUUUCCUUACCGAUAUAAAUCCCGACCUAGAAUACAAUGUUCUACCCAUACAUGAUUUGUAUGGUCCCACAAAAGAUGACCCUAAAUUUCAGUUAAUAGUAGUAAGCGAAGAAACCCAACGCGGCGCACAAAAAAUCAACGAAAAACGGAAAGAGAAUGGUUUGCCAUUAUUAGACACUUACGUCAUCGGCCUCGCACAGGACUCGAGUCCGCAGCGGUCUCAGGAAGAGGAAGAGAAAGUGAGCUCCAGUAACCAAAGAAUGCGGUUAUUAGGCACCAUGCUGAGGCCGCCUGUUGAAAACAACAAUAUACCCGCGUGGCCUUAUGUGAUUGGACUGGCUGGUGGCAUCGCCAGUGGAAAAAGCAAUAUUGCAGAAAAGUUAAGGUUAAAAGGUGCAGCCAUUGUGAACUGCGAUACGAUAGCUCAUGACUUGUACAAGCCAGGGUUACCACUGAAUCAAACCGUGGCUGAGGCGUUUGGGAGCGAGAUCAUCACGGACAGCGGCGAGGUGGACAGGCGGAAACUGGGGCAGAUCGUGUUUAGCGAUAAGGAGGAAUUAGAAAAGUUAAACCGACUGGUAUGGCCAGCGGUGAUCGAGGAGGCCCAGAGAAGAGUACAAGCUCUCGGGCAGGAGGGGUACAGGGUGGUGGUAAUGGAAGCCGCGGUGAUGGUGCGCGCCAAGUGGUACAACCAGUGCCACCAGCUGUGGGCCGUCAUCAUACCGCCUGAAGAGGCAAUCAAAAGACUACAAGAGCGCAACGGCCUCACAGAAGAAGAAGCGAGACAACGCAUAGAAUCCCAGCCCUCAAACCGAGAGCAAGUGUCGCUAGCUAACAUUGUCUUCAGCCCGUAUUGGAGCUACGAGUACACGCAGAUGCAGAUAGAUCGCGCAUGGCAACACUUACAGGAGUUGUUGGAUAGCAGGACGUGUAACUGCUAACAAUAUGCUGUUAACCCUUUGAACGCCACGCCUUUCGUGAGCCACGCGUCAACCGAAUGCUUGGUUGAUAUUGGUUGUCUUUGGCGGUCAAAGGGUUAAACUCUUAUUGGGCCAUCACUGAAACGUAUGUAUUUAGAGCCUGAUUGUCUAUUGGCUCUGAUAAAUAUUUAUCGAAUAUUUAUUGUUACUGAAAUGUAUAGUCAGACCAAGAUAAGUUGGCAGCGGUUUUGACAGCCCAGACAGUGCAUGUCUUAUUUUAAACAUCAGACUUCUAUGAGAUUAUGACGUUUACUUAACACUUGCACAUGCUGGGCUAUCAAUAUCGUUGCCAACUUAGCUUGAUCGGACUCUAAGAUGGAAUGGGAAAAGCCGGUAAAAGCUAAAUGUAGAUGGCGCUUUCGAUGAUGGUUGCCUUUUGUGUAGGACUUUUGCUAAAUGACGUAGACAAUCAAUUAAUAGUUGAAUAUUUGAAUCGAUUCAGAACUAUAGACAAUCUGGGCUCCGCGGUGGCUAUAUUGUACUAGCAAUAAUAGAAAUUUAAGGAAAUACCUUGUUAUACAUACAUAUUAUGUAUAUUGUUUAAAGGAUGUAUGGUUCAGUUUUUUAAUGUGUCAAUAUUAUGGAUAAUUAUAAAUAGUAAGGGUGGCAAAGAACAAACGCAAUGCUGGCGUUUAGUUGCGUACCUAGACUUUAUCUGUCUGUUGUGCAAAUACGACUACUUCAAUCUCUAUCAUACUUGUUAGUAAGGAACAAUUGCUGGCAAAUGGACAACAUGCCUUUACUAGACUGCCUUUUUUAAAUGGAAAAAAUAUAAAGAACAGGUCUGUAAUUUACUAUUUACUAAUGUUGGAUUGUAAAACUGAUGGUUAGCCACUUAUUUACCUACACGCUCGUGCAAGUGGUGUGGCGACUGACAAGUCGAUCACUUGAGUAUGAAAUUAUGCCGUAAGAAAAGUAUAAAUAAUAUGAUAUUAUUUACCUAUGCAGUCCGGAGGUCGCGGGUUCAAACCCCGGCUCAUACCAAUGAGUUUUUCGGAACUUGUACGAAAUAUCAUUUGAUAUUUACCAAUCGCUUUUCGGUGAAGGAAAACAUCGUGAGGAAACCGGAGUAAUCCCAACAAGGCCUAGUUUAUCUUCUGGGUUGAAAGGUCAGAUGGCAGUCGCUUUCGUAAAAACUAGUGCUUACGCCAAAUCUUGAUAUUAGUUGUCAAGCGGACCCCAGUCUCCCAUGAGCAAUGGCAAAAUGCCGGGACAACGCGAGGAAGAAGAAGAUGAUUAUUUAUCUGUGCAAUCUGUCACAAAUUACAACAUGUAUAGUUUGACUCUGGUAAACCAACUAAGUUAGUAGAAAAAGGUGGCACAUUUUAAAAAUGUAUGCGCGAAGGUUCUAUUUGCUAUAGUAGUUUUCACGUCGGAUGAUGGUCCUUAUAACAGUUUCUUCAAAUCUCUCUUGGUUGGGCUUAAUUUAAAACAUAAUAAUAGUAAUAUAAUAAUAAUUCAGUAUAUAUACGUCCCACUGCUGGGCACAGGCCUCCUCGCGAGAGGGUUCGGGCUAUAGUCCCCACGCUGGCCGCGGGUUGGAGACUUCACAUACACCUUUGAAUUCCUUCGCGGAUGUAUGCAGGUUUCCUCACGAUGUUUUCCUUCACCGAAAAACUAGUAAAUACCAAAUGACACUCCAUACAUAAGUUCCGAAAAUCAUUGGUACGAGCCAGGAUUUGAACCGGAGACCUCCAAAAAAAUAAUUGAAGAAAUCUUACCGUAUUUUUGUUUCUUAAAUAAAUUAAUAUCAAAAUUACAUUUCGAAAUAAAUUAAUAUCAAAAUUGCUACCAACUUAUCUUGGUCUGACUCUAUAAAAUAAACUGUCGCGCCUUUUUAACCGACUUCAGUAAAAAAGUGGUUGAACCGUAUUUUUUUCUGCUAUCUCUCUCUUUUCGUUGUAUCAUUAUAUACGUUUUCAUAGUCGUAAAUGACCUGUUUUCUAUACAUAUAUAUAGCUCGUGUCUUUCACGAAGACGCGUGUCUUGACUCGUAAUGUCAUUUUAUUAAAGGUUAGAUUUAACAAAUCUGCGCGUCAUCGUGGAUGACAGGAACUAUUUAUUUAUGAUAUGAACUUAUUAUUUUUGAUAUUUCACCGACACCUGUAAAAUUACUACCGCUUUACGCUUUAAAAAAUGAAUGUCCAAUUUGUCCUUUAUGUUUUCUAUGUAUUUAAUGAAAGCUACUGCCAUUGGUUUGAAUAUUAUUUACCAAUUAAAACUGGUUCUUUGCUCCAGUCAUGGGAUGUAUGGCGCUAUUCAUUUUCAAACUAACAAAUACCAAUGAAAAAUUAAACUUACGCAGCUCUUUGUCUCUUGUUUAUGGUAAAAUGUUGCCAGCGAUUAAAAACUGAUGGUAAAGACUUGUUUUAGAGGAUUUGUCUAUACCAUCCCAUUACUGGUGCCUGGGGGCCUACCGGGAAAAUCGAAAUUCGCAAAUUGCGGGGAUCUUUCUCUUUUACUCUCACUAAGACGUAAUUAGAGUGACUGAUUUUCGCGGUAGGCCUCCUGUUCCAUUAUAGGGAUGUUUACUAUAUGACAUGAAUAAACCAAUAAUUGGAACUUAUGACAUGAAUAAAAUAUAUUUUCAUAACUAAAUUGUC